AGAUCUGAAGUCGAUAACGGUUCGUCAAUGCAUAAACAGUUAGUUUAUUUACGAGGUGAUGUGAAUCAACGGGAAUGAAUAAAAUGCGAAGAAAUAAGUACUAUAGCUGCGUAGAUACAUUAAGGAUUAGUGUAGGCUACGCAUGGUGAAUUAUUGCUAUUAUUUUUAUGUUCUUCUGCAUACGCCGGGCGAUCGGCUGGAAAAUUACAAAAAUCGUCAUUAGUAUUGUUAAAUAUGAGUUCAGCAGCGUUAAGGGCGUACGCCCAAGAAUAUUUCAGCUCUAUUAAUUCAAUAGCUGAAAGAAUUCGGGCAGAUGUCAAUACAGCCGUAACUGCGUAUGAAGAUUUGUGGCAUACAUUAAGUCCUGAAGACCAAAAUCAGGUUCUAGACGAUACCAUUAUACAUCCUGAGGCUGUACUGAAAUAUUCUCUCUGUCAACAAAAUGAAAUAGAAAUUGAAUGUUUUCCACGGCUACGUUUAGAAACGGGUUAUAAAUAUGUGACAGAUGACGACGGAGGAAAGGAACAAGUCGUGAAAUGGAGGGAUGAACACUCUGCACCAUUUACAUGGAUGACCCAGAGCCAACUGAAUCUCAGCAUUAUGGACUCCAUUGAAAAAGAUAGCAGGAAACCUCCAUUACAGUCUUCUGACACUUUAUUUACACCAUCAAAGAAACCUUUCACCACCUCUGACGGUUUUGUUGACCCACCAGAUGUAGUGUUGGGUGGAUCGUCAUCUCGAUUGGCAGCUAGUCUUAGUCCAAAAAUCAACUUAGCAACAAAAAAUCCCUGUGGAGAAGAUAGCUUACUGACAAAACUUAAAAAUAAGACAGCAGUAUUAAAAAUACAGACAACUUUGAAAUCUACAAUGGGCAAACCAGAACCAGAGAGAGUUCCUUGUCAGUCUGAUAGUGACAAGCAAGCCCUUGUUCACACAAAGACAAUCCGCAGUACUACAAACAAUUUGAAGAAUACAAAGAAUUUGGGUAAUAAACCACUGGUGUCUAAACCAAAGACUCCUCCUCCACCACCUCCCACAAAACAGAAACUUAUAUCAGAAACCAAGCUAGAGGAAGAUCCUGAAAGAAAAGCUUUAUUGCCAGGUGCUCCUUCUAGUGGUCAGAACUCUAGAGAAACUAAGGAACAUUUGGUAGUGAAAUCUACUACUUCCAUUGAUUCAAUUGAUUUAGAUGAUUUCCAUAUUAAUCUGAAUAGCCCAUCAAAGGAUGUUCCAAAAACAGGUUUUGAUUUCCUAGACAACUGGUAGUUGUGCUUCAUUUUUUGCAUUUUUCUUUUGCAUGGGUCACCAAAGAUACAUCUACUGAACCAUAUUUAUGGUGUGUAAAGCCUCAAAGUCUUAUGCUCUGUCUUUUGUAUUCCUAUGGUUCAUAACUGUGAUUUAUUAAUUUUAGAGAUGUUCAACACUAUAUCCUGCAUCGAGAACUUGAAGAACUGCAUAGUGUAUUUUUGCUGUCUUGAACAAGAUAUAUCUAGCUAGAGUAUGAAAAGAUUAAUGAAACUGUAGUGGUAUACAUUUUCUGAAUAUUUUUACAAUUUUUGUAAGUGGAUUUUAUAAUGAUUUUAGUGAAAUAUGAAAAAGUAUUACUUUUACCUGUUUUAUACCAGAAAUAGUGUUGAUGUACCUGAGUGUAAAAAAGGCUCAUAACCUGUAAGAAGUUUUAUUCUCAUCCAGUAUUGGAAAAAUAUAAGCUUGCAAUUAUUUAUUUUCAUGUUGGAGUCGAAGUAUUGUUACAUUUCAAAGAUUAACUGAAGCCUUUGAUAUUGCUUUUCCAAGUAGCAACCAAAAUGUUAUCUUUCAGCAUAACCUAUACCUUGGGCUACAUUACAGAUCAGUUUGUCACUACAACCUGCAUCCCAAAAAAUAUAGGCAUAAAAAAUAUUGUCAGUUCUCUGUUCUUUUCCUGUUUGCAUUUUUAUGAAUUCACGUACUAUAACAUCACUAUGUCACAUGAUGAAGCUGACAUCCAGUAUUGGUAGAUUCAAUUGAAGGCAUUUCACAGAGUUGUGGUUUUCCAAUAAAAACUGAUCUAAUGUUUGGUAUGAAUAACAAAUUGAUACCAGGGAUCACCAUGCUUAGCAGCAUGUUGAAACUGGGGAAAUUCAUCCUCAGAUCCUGUUUGAAACGAAUAUCAAAACUUCCUACUCCUCUGUUGAUUUUUGAAGGUAUUUUUUGUCAUUUUUAAAACAGUUGUGGAUAAAUUGUUUUGCCUCACUCCUUUUUGAAAAUUUACAGUUAUAAAAUUUAAAUCAUAAUUGGCAAUUAUUCUAUAGAUUCAUGCAUUUUAAGUUCCAGAAAAUCAGAAUCAGAUACAAGUUGCACUGUUUCAGUGUUACUUUUGUCCUCUCUCUCUCUCUCUCUCUCUCUCUCUCUCUCUCUCUCUCUCUCUGUUAUGUUACCCUUUGUUACAUUGUGUGUGACUACAUGUUUGACUGUUCAGCGGAUAUGCUUUUAACAAAUGUUACCUGCCCCCCCCCCCCCCCCCAAAUAAGUUGACUAUGCUUGAAAAUUGGCAGUUCACUCCACUUUAAUAUUUAAUUGUAGACUUGAUUUAACAGUGAUUGGUGUUAGUAUCUGUGUGGAAUGUUUACUUGGGUAAAGCAUCUUGUUUCCAUUGCUAACAAUCAGAAACGAGUAACACUAAUGUGUAUUGUCUUCAUUCUUUCUUAGGCAAACUAUGAAGCAUCGUAUUCCAUGGCAGCCAUUAGUAUCAUGAAUAUAUCUUGUAGUUAAAUGUAGCAAAUCAGAACUUAUACUGAAUCGUGUCAGGCUAUGGAUGUCUGUAAAUCAGUUCUAUGCUAUAUGUCAUAUGAGAGUGCACUGGUGUAAUGGUCACCGCUAAAGAAUACAAAUCUCCAACAGUUAAAUAUAUCUGUUACUGAACUUGGUCAUUUUUUGUAAAUCGAGAAUUUUUUUAAUGUCUCACAAACUCAGAUGGAAGAAACCAGACAGAUGUUAUAGAAUCAGAGAUACAAAUGAAAUGUGGCAAGUGUCUUUGUUUCACUUUGUGUGUCAUGUAUAUAUUAAGGUUAUUGGUCAACGUGCAUAUUAACAUUCAGGAUGCAUCAACUCUAUAAUUGUAUUUAGUAAAAAUGGUUUUAAAUUUUUGUUGUGUAUUUUUUUUACUUAUUUUGAGAGUAAAAAGUGAAUUUAAAUAUGUAACUAUGUUAAUCAUUAUUGCAUUUACUGUUUACCUUGAAAGGAACAAGAAAAUGUAAUAUACAUACAACUUUGUGCCUUCCUGAGUGCAGCUUUUUUUUGUCGAGUAUAUUUUCUAAGUAUUAACCAUUCUGCAAUGCUAGUCCUUUACUGCUGUUACCUAAUGUACCACAAUGUAAUUUUCAAUCUCGAGCCCAUGACUAUUGUUUCUGGCUUCCUGUUUCACAUGACAGUGUACUUACCUUUGUAUCACAGAUUGAGGUGUCAGUUUAUUAAUGAAAUAACUACUCAGGUAAUUCCUUUCACAACUGCCAUAUUGACAAACAUACCAUUUGUUGUUAUAGCACAAUUAUGAUGCUGUAUAUAGGUCAGUAUUCCAAAAUACUGCAUCUUCAAGGGCAUUAAUUGAGAAAAGGUCAGUAACAUCUGCUAGAAAUUCAAGUUAAAUAUUGCUAGUGAUAUUUCCGAAAGGGUGGUUGGUUUAUUUAAUGAUCAGUUUUGUUUAUGGGGGCUUCUUUAAUAUAAAAAAAUAAGGAAGAUAGUUAUCUUCUGAUACUCAUAAUUAUGGCAAGCUCCAAUUUUCUUACCCAUGGCCUGAUGUGUGGUGUUGGUAAAUUGCAAAAAUGCUUGAUUUUAUUAUCAGUAUGAGUAUGCUGACUUCAGUAUCAGAAUACGAACUGAACUGUAAAACUGCUAGCAUAACAAUGAGGUAUUUUCGUUGACUCAUCAAGUUUCUGAUGAAAGUAAAUCGCUUAUCGAACAUGGCAGCUGUGAUUGUUACUACUGCAUCAAUUGUUUUAAAAAAAUUCUUUGGACUAUGUAGGUCUCAUUUAAAUGAAACAUUAUAGUCAGUAAUUAGUACUUAAUUUCCUGUGCACAUUUGCUAACAACCUCUGUAGGUUUCUUGCAUUUGUUUUGUGUAUAUAUAUCUACUUCUGUAUCCUUUACAUUUUUUCAGUGCAAUUUGCAUUUGAUUUUUAUGUAUUUUCUGUAUUAUAAGCUGGCACUCUUCCCAGUAUUGUGGAAUAAUUUUGAAAAGCUAGUGUUUAGGAUGUAGUGGUUAUGGAAUGUGUGAUUUCUCUGCCCAUGAUACUUUUUUCCUUUAAUUAUAAAAUUACUAAGCAAGGAUAUAUUGCUCCUAGGAUGCAUCUAUGAAUUACUUUCUGUGAAGCUUAAUUUUCUCGUCAUUUGGCUGUAGCCAGUUUAUUGUACUGUAGCCAGUGGCUGUAAUUCCCAGAAGACACAUAGAUGUUAGAGAUUUGCUUUGCUGAUGUGGUAGAAUGUUGUAUAGACUUCAGUGCCCCUUGGCUUUGUACCAUAAGAUAAGUUUCUUUUGUGUGUGUAGAAAUGCAUCAUGAUUUAUAAAUGUUCCAGUAAAGUAUAAACCAAAUUGUGCCAGUGAUUACUAUGAUUUUUACUGGCAUGUAAGGAUGAUGUCUCUACCAUACACCAAUAAUUUCAUGUAGUUAUACAAAUGUUUGAGAUUUGCCAAAUCUUGUAUUGUGUGUAAAAUUAUUUACCAAAAAAGCAGUGUCUCUGGUACCCACAGGGCUAGUUUGAGAAGAUUUUUCCACACAAGCAACACCACAUCUACCCCUCCCCCCCCCCUCCACACACACACACACACACACACACACACACACUUUUUUCACUUGUCAGUUUUUGCUGCUAUGAUACACAUAGUAUACAAAUUGUGCACGUGGGUUCCUCUCUCAGCUUUAUCCCCCAAGUGGCUGCUACUAAUUGGCAUAAGUCCAUUAUAGAAUUUUUAUGUGGUGCCUCUGAUGCCCUGUCAAGCUUGUCUCUCCGAAUGGCGGCUAUUGCAGUUUGGGUCCUGAAAAGCCCCAAGUACACAUACUGUGGUGGCAAUAGAAUCUCAGGUUAUUGUUUAAAAUUUACAUAUUUCUGUAUAAAGUAGUAGUACUGGCUGUGUGUCAUAACAUUAUGCUUUUUCGCAUGCCAAAAUUGUAUAACUUGUAUUUGCCAAGGACUGUAUCUUUCACAUGGUGCUAUCAUUUACCUGUAAUAUUCAAUAUAGAGAACUUUAGGGACUCUUGCUGCAUAAUUAUCAUCAUCAUACAAUGGAAAGUCCAGGAUGGAAUAACAAUAUGGAAAGAACAUUUUCCUACUCACUACAUAGGGGAGGUGUAGGUUUGAAGACAGGCACAUUGAAAAGAAUACUAGAAAAACUAAGCUUUCGGCCAAAGUGCUUCCUCAAAAGUAGAACUCACACAUGUUUACUUACCAACAUCUCAUGUAAAUGUGACUACUGUCUUUGGGUGGUACAGUGGUCAGGUGUUAGUUCAUGGAUACAGUAGCUGUGUGUGCGUGUGUGUGUGUGUGUGUGUGUGUGUGUGUGUGUGUGUGUAUGUGUGUGUUUUCUGAUUAAGGACUUUGUCCAAAAGCUUUAUAUUUCUAGUAUUCCUUUCAUUGUGACUGCCUUAGAAUCAGUGCCUCCUCUAUGUGAUGAGUAGCAAUCCAUCAUUUACAUAUUGUUCAUAAUAAUAAUAAUAAUCAUCAUCAUCAUAUUUAUGAUUAUACAUAGACUUGUUAGUUGGAAUAACAACAUUAGUGACAGAAAAAGAUUAUAAAUAUUUUAUGAAUUUUAUUUUUAUGCUAACAUUUCUGCCCCUUAGCAGAUAUAUAUAUAAAACUAGACUAAUUAGACACAGUAUUUGACAGAUAUGGGUUGCAACAUGUCUUGUGGUACAUUUAGUUCACCUUAUUACAUAGUGUCAUUGUUUUCCAUAAAACAGAUGUCUUAGUAAAAAACAUAUUAAGGUAUCAAUAUGUUCAGAGAAGAUGCCAGUUCCUGUGUUGAUAAUAGAAGUGCCAAUUCACUCCUUACAAUUUUUGUACACACAUAAUGGAAAGGAUGAUGAAUAAUAAAAAUGAAUCAGUUAUGUACCUGUAUGUAUGUGUAUACUGAUUUUUUCUAUCUACUUAUUGUUACUGUAGCUAUUAUUAGAUGUUCAUUAGUCAUAUUCUGAUACUCCAUACAAGGUGUUUAAUCUUCAGCACAGAAUGACACAUUUUCAGAUGGAGCCCAAGGUAUUAAAGUGUGUGGAAAUGCAAAUGAAGACUGGAAACUGGAUUGGGAAAGAAUUUAGCAUGCUAGGAUGAGUAAAGCUGAUACAGGGAGGACGAUUUUUAACUUUAGGCAAUGUCUAUGCAUGAAUGAUG